UGCAAAAGGGACGGUAGAGGCAGAGAGAAGGAGAGAGAGCAGCAGGGAGGGGAGUUUAAACUAAGUGCUAUGUUUUGGGACAGCUAAUCUGCUAGCGAGCAGUGUUAGGAUCGGAGCGUAUUGUGCGAGCCAGUGUGCGGGGGACAGAUAAGGCAGCACGCCAGCCCGCCGAGCCGACCGACCGACCGAACGACCGACCGCCAGACUUCUUGUUUAAUGCGCUGACUCCAGGGAGGGUUGAAAAAAUAUAUUGACUCAAGACGCGUGCAGGGGAUCCUGGACAGAAGCGGCAUCGCGACAGAGACAGCCAAAAGCAGAGAAAAUAAAGGACCUCAAAGUGACACCGACAGAUUUUUUUUUUCCCACCCUGGUUUUUUUUUUAACUUGAUUUUUCUUUCUUUUUUUUGCGCUUCUGGGACUGACUCCCAUCCGUAGCAAAGACAAGGAAGGGAGAAGCUGACAAUAGGACAGAAUACUAAAAGUACCGAAUCCGAACAUGUUCGAAAUAAGCCGAACACUCAACGCUGCCUUGUUGAGCAAUGAGCAUCUCAAGAUGAUGGCGAGGUACGGGCAGCUCUCGGGACUAGCAGCCAGUGGCGUGGGCUCCGUCCCCGAGUCGCACUCGCCGCUAUUUCCCAGGGAUCUCCCGUCAUCGCCCGCCCAGACGGGCUACAGGUCAUCCCUGGGGUCGACAGAGACACAGUGGCGUCAGGCAGAGCUCCCACAGCUCCAGGGCUGGGCAGAGAAGGGAUUGCUGACACAGCCAAAGAUGAUCAUCAGUAACAUGGAAGCUCCGGUGACAAAUGGUCCCAGCGGAGGAGGCACCACAGCCAACGGGCCAACCAGUAACAGCCGCGGCUGCCCCUCGCCGAUGCAGACCGGGCCCACAAAUGACGACAGCAAGACCAACCUCAUUGUCAACUACCUGCCCCAGAACAUGACCCAGGAGGAGUUCCGCAGCCUGUUCGGCAGCAUCGGCGAGAUCGAGUCCUGCAAACUGGUGCGCGACAAGAUCACAGGUCAGAGUCUGGGCUACGGCUUUGUCAACUACAUCGAUCCAAAGGACGCAGAGAAAGCCAUCAACACAUUAAAUGGACUCAGACUUCAAACCAAAACGAUCAAGGUCUCAUAUGCACGACCCAGCUCGGCCUCCAUCCGUGACGCCAACCUGUACGUGAGUGGCCUGCCUAAGACGAUGACCCAGAAGGAGCUGGAGCAGCUCUUCUCCCAGUACGGACGCAUCAUCACCUCCCGCAUCCUUGUCGACCAGGUCACAGGCCCCACAGGCGGCUCCCGAGGUGUGGGCUUCAUCCGCUUUGAUAAGAGGAUAGAAGCUGAGGAGGCCAUCAAGGGCCUCAAUGGCCAGAAGCCAUCAGGUGCAGCAGAGCCCAUCACGGUCAAGUUCGCCAACAACCCCAGCCAGAAGACCAGCCAGGCCCUCCUGUCGCAACUCUACCAGUCCCCCAACCGCCGAUACCCGGGGCCCCUCCACCACCAGGCUCAGAGGUUCAGGCUGGACAAUUUGCUUAAUAUGGCCUAUGGCGUAAAGAGGUUUUCUCCCAUCACCAUCGACAGCAUGACCAGCCUGGUGGGCAUGAACAUCCCCGGGCACACCGGCACCGGCUGGUGCAUCUUCGUCUACAACCUGUCCCCUGAUUCGGACGAGAGCGUGCUGUGGCAGCUCUUCGGUCCGUUCGGCGCCGUCAAUAACGUCAAGGUGAUCCGUGACUUCAACACCAACAAGUGCAAAGGCUUCGGCUUCGUCACCAUGACAAAUUACGACGAGGCGGCCAUGGCCAUCGCCAGUCUCAACGGUUACAGGUUGGGCGACCGCGUCCUGCAAGUCUCCUUCAAGACUAACAAGACACACAAGUCCUGAACUUUAUGUAGAAGCAGUCGCCCCCCCGCAGCACCUCGGCCCGGUCCAAAAUUGCCCCCCCCCACCGACCGCCCCACCCAUCCCUUAAGCCCCUCCAGUCAGCAGCACUACUACCAACCUCCUUCAGUCAUCCAACUGGAACAUAAAGCAAGCAUCCAAAACCAAUUGAACUAGAAAUGGCUUAUAUCAUAACUUUGGACCUAUAAGCCAACGUUGCCUAAGUAUUACAAAAAUGAAAAUGAAGGAAAUGUUCAUGAUUUCUGGGAAGUUCCUGAUAUCAAGCAGGCUUCCCGCUGUUGUAUAUUCUUUCUGUUUGUUCUGGUUGCUAAAAUGAUUUUUCUCUUGGGUGUAAACGGUAGCAAAUCCCCUCAUUUUAGAGACGAGAAUGUCCUUUUUAGACCGACUGUCUUGAUUCAGGAUUAGAUUUUCUUUUGUAUAUCCGGAUCCACUGUCGUUAGUAUCCCAGACCUCCCUGUCAGUGAAAGGGAGGGGGCUCUUUUUUAAAAAUUGGUGAUCCAUGCAUUCAUUUCUAGCCGUAUUAAAACGUCCCCUUAUUGAUUCUAGAUGGGAUUUCACACUCCCACCGAUUCUGAUGUAAAAAAAAAAAAAAAGGAAUUUCUAGCAUUGUUUUUGUUUUGUAUCGCAAACAAAACAUAAUGUCUUUCCUCACAGGGAGAUGGGGUGCGGGGGUGGGGGAUGGGUUAGCUUUCCUGACGACACAUUAAGUAAUUUAAGAAAAAAAAAAUAACACUGUUGCCAAAGAGAAGAUCUCUUUGCUUGGAAAAAAAAAAAGAUGCGUUUAGAAAAAAGAUAAAAAUAAAUAGAAAGAGGAAUCUAUUUUUAUAAAUGAUAAUUAAAAUAAUGAUUACUGAGAAAUUUUUACAAGAAUCUGGAUUUGAAAAAAGAGAAAAAUAUUUUGACUGGCUAACUGGGAGGGGAGGGAAGGGGGGGCACCACCUUGUCUUGUCGUUCUGCCAUUUGUAGGCUCAGCAGGUCGUUUGUUUUCCGAGGCAGCCCGGUUGGCGACGGCGAUUUUGUAGACGGAAGGUUUUGUGAAAAAAAAAGAACAAAAAAAACGGAAGCCGAGGCGGGUGAUUUUGGUAAUUUUUCACACAGUGCGUAAUUAUUCAAUACCCAAACGGGGAAGGGAGAGGGGACCCAUCGUUAGCGUCCAGAGCCCAAAGCAAGGAGACCCUUUGUCUGGUUCUUUUCCUGUUAUUGUCAACAGUCCACAUGGGAUAUCAGUAAACACAUCAUAUAUGCACAUGUAUCCAUUUAGACCGCAUCCGAGGCAUCGUAUCGUUUCUCUUUGCUCCGCAUUUGUGUGCAAACUUCCUUUUAGCGAUCAACAGUAGGUGCUAUACCACAUUAUUCACAUAUCUUAAAUAUCCGAGUUGGUUGUUCUAUGUGUUGUUUCAAAAUACUAAUACGUUGAUGUUGGCAUUGAAUUGAGCUUCUUUGUUUUAUCGUUGGCCCAAAUUGUCUGGUGAGACUAUUUCGUUUGCUGAAAAACCACAUCAACUCAAUUCUGGGCGGUGUAUUAACAAAAAAAAAAAAGAAACAAAAAAAAAAGCUGAAAAAAAAAUCACAAACAAAAAGUUUUGUUUUGUUUUGUUUUGUUUUUUGCUUUGUUUGUUUGGCUUGCUGACUUUUUGAGUUACUUGCUCAGCGUGGCGCGUUUGUCCGGCUUAACGAUGAUUAGCUAUAGUUCCUUUAGCCUAGAUAUUUGUUUCCUGAGAAAGGCGAUCUAUGACUACUGUGUCUUUAUUUGCUCUGUACAAAUAGAUGAUCUAUCUAUAUAUAUAUAUCUAUAUAUACAUAGUCUACAUUUGUUUUACAAUAUCUACUGUACUUAUCUGAGUUGUCACUGUUCUUUAGUUGGAGCUUGUCUUUUUCAACUUAUUAUGAAGUGGUGGUUCAGUUACUUAGAAAAAAAAAAAAACUUGUGAGGAAACUGUUCAAUUGUCGUCAUGUUGCUUGUGGAGAAAAAAAAAACAAGGUUUGGAUUAACUUUUCGUUACCUACCGCGGCAAAAGAAACCGAACAAAAAGCUUUGAAUAUAAAAGCGUAUUUGGAAUUUACUUCUCUAAUUUAUUUUUUAUAUUUAUUUGUAUUUAUUAUCUAUUUAUGACGGGGUUAAUUUAUCUGUGUAUUUAUGUAUUUAUUUGUUUCAUUGUCUGUGUAUUUGCGUGAUUCUGGUACAGGGAGUGGGGGGCGUUUCUUAGCAAAAGGGAACAAAGCGACUAGUGGAGAAGCUCUUCCAGUAGUCCACUGCACUGAGAGAACUUUUAGUACGUUUGUGCUUUGUACCAAUAUAUCAAAAUGACCAUAUAAAAAAACUCUAAAAGUCAGGAAAACUGAAAAAAAAAGUGUCUGGAGCGUCGGCGGAGGGGGGGGACGCUCUUCCCUUAUUACUAGAAACAGUUACUCGCUAUGCAUAACCUAGUUAUUAAUAGUUCAAUUUGCUAUUGCUUUUUUCUUGUCUUGUUCAAAAAUGAAAUCUCUUUAGAUCUUUUUCCAAUGACGUUUAGUCUUAAUAGAAUGUUAUAAACAGUCGUUCUGGUUCAAUAUAACCUGUGAUAAGUUUGUGUAGUUCUCUAAAGCCACUUCGUCCACACCCUCCCUCCACUUACUACCGCUUUGUGAUGAAACCUUUAUGCAAAAAUGUGCGUCUGAAAGUCUUUAGGUUUUUGUUGUUUUUUUUCCAGUCCACUUAUUGUAACAUUCGGCUCACAGCGGCUCAUUCCAGGCUGCACUGGACUAAAUUGGUUUAACAAAAAAAAAAGAUAUUUUUAAAAUUGCAUACCAACAGAUGUUUAAAAAUAGAAACUGUUAUUUACAAGUACUCUGGAGGGAUGAAAAAGGGAUUGUACCGAUUCUAUAUUUUAUAUACUCUAAUAUGAUAUAUAGUAUAUAUUUUGAAAGGUCAAAGGUAGGGUUCCAGAGUUAUAAAUAUACACAAUUGGAUUCUUGUGUGUGUGUGUGUGUGCGUGUGUGCGUGUGUGUGUGUGUGUGCGUGUGUUUGUUGGAGAGUAAGGCUGCGUUCACACUUGUGGUUCGGUACUCUGGUCCGGACAACAAAAAAAAAAAGUUCACCAUCACCGCUGAGAUGACCAUCUCAAAUUUCACCAAAAGCUUGUAGAAUAUACUUUUAAAGAGCUUUUGAAACAUCACGUGGCAUAAAGUUCCAAACCAAAAUGGGUCUGCUGGGUUGAGUGUGUAACUUCUUAAUAUAUUCUACUAUUUUUACCAGCCAGGUUUUCACCAAAAGCUUGUAAAAUAUACUUUUAAAGAGCUUUUGAGACAUACCAUGUGACGCAACUCCAAUGUUCCAAACCAAAAUGGCAUCUGGUGGGUUUAAUACACUGGUUAUCAUUUUAUUCUAAUAUUUUACCAUUUUAGAUUUCAUGAAAAGCUUCUAAAAUAUACUUUUAAAUAGCUUUUGUGGCAUAUACCAUGGCAUAACUCAAAUAUUCCAAAAAUGCCGUCUUCUUGGUUGAGUACGUAGGUUACUUUUAAAUUCUGCUGUAUUUACCAUCUCAGAUUUCACCAAGAGCAUGUAAAAUGUACUUUCAAAGAGCUUUUGUGACAUAUUAUGUGAUGUAACUCAAAUACUCCAAACCAAAAUACUGUCUACUGGGUUAAAUAUGGAGGUUACUUUUAUAUUCUGCUAUAUUUACCAUCUCAGAUUGCAGCAAAAGCUCGUAAAAUAUGCUUUUUAAGAGGUUUUGUGACUUCACAGAAAAACUCCAAACCAAAAUAAAGUCUUCUGGGUUGAAUACAUACGCUACGUUUAUAUUCUGCUAUAUUUACCAUCUCAGAUUUCACCAAAAGCUUGCAAAAUGUACUUUUAAAGAACUUUUAUGACAAACAGUAUUAUGUGAUGUAACUCAAAUAUUACAAAAAUGCCGUCUUCUGGGUGGAAUACGUCGGUUACUUUUACAUUCUGCUGUAUUUACCAUCUCAGAUUUGAGCAAAAGCUUCUGGAAUAUAACUUUAAAGAGCUUUUGUGACAUAGCAUGUGGCAUAACUCAAAUAUUUCCAAGCAAAACGCCGUCUUCUGGGUUGAUUACGUCAGUUGCUUUCAUAUUCUGCUAUAUUAAACCGUCUCAGAUUUCACCAAAAGCUUCUAAAAUAUGCUCUUAAAAGGCUUUUGUGACACAUUUUGCAACAUAACACAAAUAUUUCAAAACAAAAUCUUCAGAGUUGAAUAGGUCGGGUACGUUUACAUUCGGUCAUAGUAACCAUCUCGGAUUUCAGCAAAAGCUUCUAAAAUAUACCUUUAAAGAGCUUGUGUGACAUAGCACGUGACGUAGCUCAAAUACUCCAAACCAAAAUGCCUUUUUCUGGGUUGAAUAGGUAGGAUACGUUUGUAUUCUGCUAUAAUCUCCCCAAAAGCUUCUAAAAUAUACUAUUGAAGCGUUGUCACACACAAACAGAGGGAGAGGAGAGAGGCGAGGCUUCCAACACAUUUCACCAACAUACUUCUGUCUUCUUAACGCUGGUCCGUGUCGCGUCACGUUUGAGCUGAAGUGAACCGAAGCACACUGGAGUUCACAUGCGAGCACUUGUUUGGUGCACAUGGGGGUUGGGAAGAUAGCAUGACGACUAGCAUAGCAAGCUACACCAGAGUUGCUAUUUUAACCAAAGUGUGAACGCACCCUGAGUGAGAUGCACACACACACGCGCAUGCGCGCACGCACACGCGCACACACGCCUCAGUCAUCAUCGCCAUCCACGCCGUCACACACACAUGCACAAGCAGACCCCUUCACGCCCCUCCACGCCCGUCAGCGGGGGUUUGAAUUUAUGCAACGACCCCGGUAGAAUGUUGUUCUCGCGUGUGAACUCAUGUCCUUCACUCUUUGAUGAUGACCUUUCACCUCCCGCCAUGCGUGAGAAGAAGUGCAUGAUGGAAUGCAUGAUCCUUUAUGUGUGCGCGUGCACGUGCGUGUGUGUGUGAGUGUGUCCAAACCGUGCAACCCACCCCCCCAAUGGCUCCCACCAUCCCUGUAGCGCCUUCUCGUGAGUGCCAGUAGGAACCAGUAGUGGAGGAGGGAAGGUGAACAGAGGAACUCGGCUCUUCUUCUCGUUGCUUUACUCUUUUCUUUUUUUUCCCCUCCUGAGACGUGUUUGUUUACUAUCUGAUUAAAAAAAAAUCUAUAAAUCCUUAAAGACAAAAAAAGACGAAAAAAUGUCGGCGGAGCCUCGUGAUUGCGGCUCUCUCUCUCUUUUUCUCUCUCUCUCUCUCUCUCUCUCUCUCUCUCUCUCUCCUGCUUAUGUUAUUACUUAACAAUUAUUACGAUGAUGAUGAUUAUUAUUCUGGUUAUUUAUGCUAUUAUUCUUAGUAUUCUUAUUCUUAUUAUUAAUCCAAUUACUGCGAUGAAUGACUUCAUGUUAUCCUUGCUAGUUUAGGUCAUUUCUGAAACUGGAAACAAAAUAGAAAUCUUGCUGUAAAUGUUUGUUUUUUCUUUUUCAUAAAACUGUUGUGUUUGAAUUAUUUGUACUUUUGAAUGUUGGGACAAUAAAAUGAGGUGUCAAGAGCU